UAUUAUUUAACUGAAAGAAAGCACUCUUGUGCACCUCAAAAUAUAUUACAAGCAACUGUGCCAGUUUCUAGCUCUGAACUCUUGUCUAAUUUAGAUUUACAAUUUCAAGUAGUAAAAGAUCCUAAUGCUAGAAAAUCAGGGAUCGAGAUUACAAAAAAAGUCAAAGAAUUAGGUGACAAGGAUCAUGGUCAGCCAAAAAAUUUGGCCAAAACCAAAGCUCUUUAUGAUGAAUUAUUGCAACUGAAUCCAAAUGCAUAUUUUCAACUUGCAACAGAAGAAGAAAAGCAUAAAGAGCAAGGAUUUUUUGAUGAAUCUGAAAUUGAGAAAGCAAAUCUUCAACUUACUAAAUCAGAAGAAAUAGUAAUUCAACAAACUACACUAUUAGAUAAUAUAGAAUUGCAAUCUGUUCAAGAAUUGCCUAUUUACAAAGAAGGAUUUCUAGAUUUAGAUGUAGAACAAAAUAGAAUUCAAACUGCAAAGAAUAUGUUUAAAGUAGCUAAAUAUGCUUUCUUAACCUGGUUUACCAAAGCUAAAAAGAUAGAUUUGGCCAGUAUAAUAUUAGAAGCAGAAAAUAAAAAUGAAGCUAUGCAGGAGGUAUAUUUACAAUGCCUAUAUCAGAAUUAUUCAGAAAAAGAAGAAAUCAAUGAAAUCAUAAAAUUGGCAAUAGAUGCUUAUAGAGCAUUAGAUAAAGAAAAUGAUUUUGUAUAUGGAGAUAAAUCUCAAACAAAGAUUGCUUUUAAAAUUAUUGAUAAAUAUGAGCCUAUUUAUGAAUCAAAAAAGGCAGAUAAAAAAUAUGUCAGAGAGGGUCCAAAUGUCAUACUUACAAAGAAAAUGAAACCAGGCUUUUGGGUAGGAAUAGAUGAAAAAUUUCUAGUUAGAAAAGUCAGUAAGCAAUCUGAAGUAGGAAGACUUGAAAGCAAUGCAAAAAAGCAUACAGAAAUUAUAGAAGCAUGCAAACAACUAGUCAAUGAUACAAUAGAUUGGCAAUAUCAGAAAAAAAUAAUCAAUAAGAAAAAGAAAUUGAUUCUUUCAAAGUCUCUAAAAGUUGUUAAUUUAGCAGAGCAGUUCAUGCAAGGUGGUAAGAUUGAUGAGAAACAUCUCACAUAUAAACUUGUAAUAGAUAGAGAUGAACUCAAUUUCUUGAUCAAAGAUUGUACUGAUGUCAGAACUUUUGCCGGAAGAGAAGAAUAUCCACUUGGAUUUAUACUUACAUAUUACAAGAGACAUCAAUCUCAAUAUACACACUUGCAGGCCUCAAUGUUAGUAUAUGCACAUAUUAAUUUAUUAGAAAUGCUUUGGAGAUUUGAUUUUAAUGAAGUAGUAAGGAUUGCUACAGAUUCUAAAUAUGUACAAAAAGAGGCAUUAUAUAAGAUCAAAAAUAUACUGGCAUUUUUUAACCAAGUUGAGGUAAAGUUGGAUCCAAAUUUAUGUUUACACUAUCCUUCUUGUGCAAUGUGUAAUAAUUUAGAAGAAUUUCUUAUUUCAAAAUCAGAAUAUGCAAAAUGGAUUAAAGAAUUCUUGUCAAAAGCAGUUAAUCAGCAAGAAGAACAAGAGCCAAAGAAUAAGCAUUGGAAAUUAAUCAAAGAUAUUUCAAAUAGUAGGUUCCAUCAAUUUAUGAUCCUAUUACAAGAUAUCAAAAAUUAUAUCUUAAUAAAGGAGGAAGAUCUGAUAAAACAACACAAAGUGAGAGAGUGGACAUCUGAAUGCAUAAGAGAGAAAAAAUUUCCACGAGUUGUUAUUUGGGAUGAGGUAAUUUGUUGUAAUAACAAUGUGCACCUUCCACAAUUCUUUGGAAAAAUGCCAUAUAAUUGGUUAAAAGAAUAUGUUAAUUAUUACAAAGAAGUUUUAACUAAUUAUCGUGCAAAAUGUCCUAAAUUAUGUAAACUCAAAAAAGCUAUAUGUCAACAAAAUAAUCGAAUACAAUCAAAAUUAUUUCGAGAACUUCUCUCAACUAUAGAAAAAUAUGAAUUUAGUUAUGUGGAAUAUUUAAACCAACUCAUUUGGGUUGAAGCACCUUCAUUACCUCCUAAAAUUGCUCAAGAGAUUGAGAUGGCAAAAAAGAAAAGACAGCUAAAGCACAAAUUGAGACCAUCUAUUUAG